AUGGAUGAACAGGAGGAGGUUUAUAAGGAAUACUUAAACUAUGACUGGGAUUCAUUUGACGAUUUCCAACUGGGGUUGCAAGAGAUUCUUAGUAACUAUUUGGAGCUGUUAAAGGAAAGGGACGCACUGGCUACAGCCAUCCCACCAGGGGAAAGAGCUCUCCUAAUUGAUCAAGCAAAGUCCUUUUUCUUUUGUUCACAAACUGGCCAUAUACUUAAUCUAGACGACUUUGAGCAAUGGAAAAGAGACGGGGGUUAUAAGUUUGAUAAGUCCACUAAAAUAAGCGAAAUAAAGGAAGAUGACAAUCCUAGUACUACUACUACCACUGCUAAUGAAACACCAUAUUCAUCCAAUUAUCAAGAACUAGUAGAACUUAUCGUAUCAGGAAAACCAGUUCCUGGUAUAAAGGAUAUCCCAGAUACAGUAUUAUCAGACCAGAAAUCGGAAUCCAAGGCGUCUCAAAGAUUGAAGCCUUGGGAAAAGAAACCCGAGGAGUCAGAAGCUAUUAACGAAUAA